CGUUGAUUCCGCUGGAGUUCCUCCAGUCCGUGUCUGUCUGGCCACGGCAAAGCGUUUGGGGUUAGAACGGUUUCGGAAUGGCAUGCACCGUUCAGUCUGGUAUCGGUUCUAGUGCACGCUGGAAGUGUGGGCUUUUCGCGUCGUUCUGCGUCUUGCGAGUUGCGAGUUCGACGGUUUUUCUGACGAUCGGAGUUACGUUUUCGUUGGCGAUACGUCGCGGCGCGCGAUUUGGUGUUUCGUCUUUUUCGCGGCGGUCGUAAACAUUGGUGUUGUGUGUGGCGAGCGUUGUUGGGAGUGAUUGCUCUCGCUCGGAAGUGGAAUGAGUCAUUUUGGGUUUGUCGAUGGUAUUCGACAGAGAGCGGCAUGCUGAGGGAUGCUGUGGUUGAUGAGUGGUGAUAACACUGGUUUUGAAUUAGGUGCCGAAUCGAAUUGGAUUGUGGAACCAUUGAAGGAUUAGUGUUUUCUUGGAAUCAAUUUGCGGUGAAUAGAAAUUUAGUGAAAUAGUGCUGGAUAUUUACAAUAUAUCGAUACCGUAAAUAGUGAUCCGGCGAUCUUCAUUGUAUCACAAGGAAUUCCCUUGGUCUGUCAUAAUCUAUCAGCAUCGCCAGUUAGUAGUGCAGUUACUCCGGCAACUCCGUGCAUAUUUAAUCAUCUGUGUAAACAUCAUAAAUAUAGACAGCCAACCAGCCACCGGGAUAAAUCCGACUUGUACACUUCCUAGGACAAAGUGGACGCGAUUCGUCGGAAGUGCUCAUGCUGGUGCUGUACAUCGCUUUGCCAUUCCAAUUCCGACCUUUGAGAGAAUACUGAGAAUAGAAGAACGAUUCGUUCCCAAAGAGUUGCGAAACAGAUAACCAUUCUUCGGAGUCGGAGUUGGCUGGGGGCAGAAACCAAACCGGCAUCUCCUGUCCCGGAGAACCCGAUGUGUACGGAUUUGUGGCCAGCCGGAGUUGGAGCAACUCAUUAAAUAAAGAACGAGAUCCGUACUGACAUCGACAAACUUUUCCCAUCAACCGUCCCAUAACGGGACCAUCUCUCCUCGAACGAGGAUACCAUUAGGCAAACCCGCUCGAAGGAAUGCAGGGCCGGAAAUAGUGACUCCGUUAACAUUCAACUCGCUGCCAUCCAUCGCGGGCCUUGAGUUAUGAGCAAUUUUUCCCAUCGUCCAGCUCAACACGAACAGCCAACCCGGCAAAGCUUGUCAAACAAAGGGCACUUCUUCGUCAACGAGCGCGACGUGAGCAGGAUGCGACUUCCGUUGGCAAGGUUCAGCUGAGCAUAGACACACCCCGAGCGGCGAUAAACUACUACACUUCAGCCUUCGCCAUUCGCCAAUAACUAGCAAGCGAAUUUGUUCAGCUGGUUCUGUGGAAGAAACUGCCAAACAAUGAAAGUUUCUUAUAAAUUAUCGCAUUUCCUCAAUCUAUAUUUCAUUUUCGCGACAGCGACAACACUUUGGACGGAGGCUGCCAAACAGUCCUUGACGACGACGUCGACGAACAGCUCGGGGAUUGAUGGGGAUGCUGAACAACAUCUCCCGGUCACCCCUAGUACAGGGACGAAAGUGGGUGGAGUGAGGUCGGUUGGGUUGAAAAGCACGUCGACUCCACCCUUGCCUCCGGUUCUGGCAGCAUCCUUGACGGUGCGAGAUAAAUCAGGACUAGAACGAGAUCCCAAACCGGUUAAUCAUCAUUUUUCCUCGUCGAGUUCGAUACUGUCGAAUGCUAAAGGGUCGUCAUCGACGUUGUCUGGCGGGUCUGAAGGAGAGCCCUCAUCGAGCAAAAGUCGAUCAAAAGUGAAUUUUAAUAUUUUGUACGAGAGCAGUGGGAGGGCCCGACUGUCGGGAGUUGAAGAACCCUCUGAAGAGGCGGAAGGUGGCGUCACUCGAAACAAUGAACCGGAGCUGAGUGUGUCGAAACAACAGAGUGGGAGUGAAGAUGAAGAUGAGUACGACUACGGUGACGGCAGAGGUGAUAAUUAUGAGGAUGACAAAAUAAUCAAUCCGGCAGCUUUGGAUAAUUUUUACGAUAAGAGUUUGAAUGGAGGCGGAGGGUCGUUGCUUGGUGGAAGUCGGUUCGGGCAUACGGCAACCACCAAGGCGGAUUACAAUGAUGAGGAUGAAUAUAGUAACGAGGGAGAUGACAUUGACGAGGACUCCUAUGGAGAGGGUGGUGAUAUUUUGCCGGUAGAUGGAGCGUUCGAGAGCUUUGGAAAAAUUGGUGGGGAGACGGAAGUGAAAAGUGAUAGUUCAUUGCCUUAUUUUCUGGUGGAGCCUCAGAGUACCCAUGUGAUACGGAACAAACCGGCCAUUCUGAAGUGUAAGGCGGCGAAUGCGUUGCAGGUGCAUUUUAAGUGCAGUGGCAGUAACAAACCGCCUCCAUCGGUCGAGGAAUCCCACGUGGAUCCUCACAGUGGCGUCCACUACCAGGAAGUGACGGCCACCAUUUCGCGUGAUCUGGUGUACGAGUACUUUGGGAAGGCGCCGUUCAAAUGCGAGUGUCACGCGUGGUCACCACGAGGGAAAACCAUCAGCCAACCGGCUUCGAUUGUCGUUGCUUAUCUGAAAAAGAACUUCGUGCUCCCUGCACCAAAACUGCGCGCCGAGGCCGGCACAAAGCUGGAAAUUAAAUGCACUGCCCCGAAGGGUUAUCCGAAGCCUCAAAUCACGUGGUUGAAAAACAAUUUCACCCUCACCGGGUCCAGCCCGCUGCUCACGUUCAGCUCCGAGGGAAACAUCCUGAUAAGUGCCGUAAAACUACAGGACAUCGGAAACUACACAUGUGUCGCGGAGAACAUCGCCGGCAAACGGACAUCGGAACCGAUCGAACUAAUCGUUUACGUGAAUGGCGGAUGGAGUCAAUGGAGUGCCUGGUUGGAGUGUCGAUGCCCCGGGAAGCCUGCCCAAGGAAGAAAACGAACCAGAACGUGCAGUGAUCCGAUUCCGCUGUAUGGGGGAUUGCCCUGCGUAGGACCAAACCAGCAGAAGACACUGGAUUGCGAUACGUGUCCUGAGGAUACUCAAAUCAUAACUCCUAAUGGGUUCGAGGAUAACACAUUUGUUCGUCGCUGGUCCGCGUGGUCGACGUGGAGCGGUUGCACGAGCAAGUGCGUCCAGGUUCGACGCCGCGUCUGCCGCACUCAGAAUCUGGAAUUUUACGACAAAACCCUGGUCAAGCACCAUCAACAGUUGGCUGCCCUGAUGGACGAUCGAACGACUAUUGAGCAGGACGACGGAGGAGGAGCAGGAAGUACUAGCAGCGGUUUCGGUUGCCCCGGAAAGGACAUUCAGUCGAUUGUGUGCCGAGGUGGUGAAUGCAAAAUUGAUGAGACAGCAUCGGAUUGGAUCUUCUACCUUGGACUGGGAUUCAUUGUCACCUUGUGCAUCACCUUCUUCGUAUUCUUGGUUCACAUCCGUCACCGCCAGAAGAUUCCAACAUAUAGCAUCUCGAGAACCGCCCCGGAUCAGCACACCUACACUCACGAGUUCCAGAAAAAGCUCACUCACAACUCGAACAUCAUGCCGGACAUCAACAUACGGGUGAACAACUACGAAUAUUCCAAUGGCAGCACAAUGGAAGCUCCAAAGAUUCCAGGACAGAACGUGCCCCUCUUGCUUCCGAGGUCGAUUUCAACCGAACAUCACUACGACGAGCCACAGUUCGCCUCAAGCUAUUCGAAGCCUAUUGAUGGCAAAAUCCACGAGAAGGCUAAUCUGUAUCACCAGCAACAGCAGAAACACCCACAACUAUACCAUCAGCAGCACUUGUAUCAUCAACAGCAGAUCCACCAGCACCCAUCGGCGUCACCCGUUCCGAAUGCGACAUCCAGUCUGAAAAGCAUCGGACAACAGCAGCAGCAGCAACAAAAACAGGCCACCCUUCAAAGCCAACAACAAUCGGCGCCACCCUCACAAAAGAGUGGAGCUGGUGGUGGUGGGGGGCAGUACAUCAGUACGGAAUCUUUGAACAGUAAUACCAAUACAUCAAACUCGACAUACGCUGUGGCCACCACCGAGUCCAUGGAUACAUCCAGCUCCAAUGAAGCCAUGUACAAAUCGAACAGCAUGCGUCAAGUGGUUACUUCAGACGGAGGCUGGCUUGAAUUGGAUCACCUCCAAACGUCACUCUCAAUUCCAGAAGGAGCCCUUCCGGAAGCACUCAAAAUAAACGUAUUUCUUGCCGUCAUGUACGACUCCAAAGACACCAUUCUAGUCGAAAACCAAAUCACCCACAUCAGCCCCACCAUAGUGUGUGGCCCGGCCAAGAGCAGUUUCUCAAAGCCGCUGAUUCUCAAGGUACCGCACUGUGCCGAAGAUAUUAGCAAUUGGAAAAUAUCGCUCUUUUACAAAGAAGAAGUGACGAACUGCUGGAAGAAGAUCGCAUCAUCUGAAAAUGAUGUCCCAAGUCCGCAGGCGUACAUUCAACUGGACCUGAAAAAUGCCUACAUUAUGACCCGAAAACUGGGCAAAUACAUCCUGGGAGGUGAAAACCUAUCCCCGGAAGUCACCGUCAUGAAGCGAUUGAAGAUCUUCAUGUUUGGUCCGAGCCGAAAACCGGAAACGGAUUUCAACAUUCGAGUGUACAUCCUGGAAGAUUACCCCAGUUCUCUGGAACACUGCUCAAUCAUCGAAAGUCGGAUGGGCUACUUCAUGAUCGGUCAAAGCUCGCCAUUCCACUUCCUCAACAACAAGGAAAAUUUGGUCCUGCGAAUCAACUGCUCCGGAGGUUGGACUUCCAAGCAGGACACCGCCACCCAAAGGAUCCCGUUCAAUCACGUGUGGAAGAACAUGUCGAUUUUGCACUGUGAGUUCAUGCUUCAGAAGGUGGUCAACGAGAUUCCUUGCCUGAGGGUGGAACUGGCCGCCGAACAGGAAAAUGGUUCUAAGGUUCUCAUCACUUCGGUGGCAUUUUCGUGAUAGUAUAUACGGACGGCACUGGAAAAGCUGAUGACGAUCUAGUGACGAUUUCGGUAACGGUCAGCGAAUGGAACGGUAUUCAUCCCUGUAGCCUCUGUUGGUGUAGUGAUAUUAUUAAAGCCAUGGAUAGAAGUGUAGAUUUAAGAAGUGACAUAAUGUAGGAUAAUAUUUAUUGGACACAGUAUAAUGGAGGCGUCGAGGUAGGAUGUGAAAGCA